AUUGUUUGUUUUAUUUUUUAUAUACAUACAUAAAAACUGCAGAGGAGAAGUAGUUCCACGAAUUUUGUUAUAUAAAUAAUAAUAAUAUUUAAUUAUUAUUUUUUGAAUACGUUUAAAUUACUUGUAUUAAAACAUCAAACUGGCCAAAGAAACGUAGUUGUUAGUGGAAGAAUUAAGACUAUGAUAAAAUGCCAGAAUCAAGCAAAAAGACUCACAAGCGACGAAAGAACAAACCAAAACCUAAAAAACAUAAACCAAAAUUGACUAAAGAAUUCAAAGAAACAGAGAAAGAAAUAACUGCUAUCUUAAACAGCACAGAACUAUCCAUUGAUAAAAUUGAAGAAGAUGCUGAAGAAUUGGGUGUAGCAUUUUUUUGUAAAAAUGGAGAAACUUCAAGUUCACCAAAAUCGAAAAUACCAUCUCCAUCUCAAGAAGAAGAAAGUGACAAAUCGUCAGCAGAUUCACCACAAAUCCAAACUGCCUCGUCUUUUAUUCAAAUUGAAGAUGAUGAUCCAAUUAAACGAGUCGAAUCUGAAAAAAUAUUUUUCGAUGAAAAUGCACUAUAUUUUCCAUCUUCAACAAUAAAUCCUUAUAUUCAAAAUACCCUUAUGGAAGAUCGUAAACUUAAACCAAAUGCCAAUCUGAUUCGAUUAGUAAAUCGCUAUCAUGAAGAAGGAAAUGAUCAGCAACUCACAUCCGGUAGUUCUUUGAAAAAUCAAACUAAUUUCUUCAAAGAUGAUCUUCUUUAUGCAACAGUUUGUGAAUGGGAAUUCAAUCCAGUUUUCUAUGUAGCAAAGUUGGGUGACAAAAAUACUCCAAUAAUUCCAAGUCGCAAAUUCAUGACUUUGAAUAUAAAAGGCUUGAAAUUCACUCAGCAUCCGUUACAGCAAGAGGAACAUAUUUUGUUGAACAAACUAGAAAGCUAUCUCGAUGUUCAUUUUAAGAGAAAAGAUAGUGAAAUUAUACCAAAAUUAAAGAGACAACUAAAUGAUCAAAGAAAUAUUGCAAAUGAACUUUUGGAAGACGGUACAACUCAAAAUGUUUAUGAACUUGAAGGAAAUUUAAAUAAAUUAAAACAGUUACGAAAUGAAAUCUAUGAAGAAGAGACUACUAGCAAAUACUUGCUUCGAAAUAUUUUAGAUACUUGGAUACUCUUGAAGAAGCUUCGUAAGCGCCAGGGUUUUCAUUGGACAUCGUUAAAGAUAAAAAUUAAACUGAUUGAGGUUGAUACAGAUGCUGACAAUGCUUCUUAUACCAAACGUUUUGAAACCGAACUAAAUGAGAUAUACCGUGAAGAACUUGAAGCAUAUUAUAGAGCUAAAAGACUGAGAAGAUCUGAUCCAGAAAAGUACUCUGAAAAACCUCAAAAACCCAAUAUUGAAACAAUAAAACAAGAUUUAAAAAAAACUCUUCAAAAAUGCUCUCGAACUCCAGGCGAGCCAGAUAUGAAAAUCAUACGAACCAUCUUAUCUGAUCCUUGUCGUCCUUUGGAGAAAAUUAAAAGUUACUAUAUGAGAAUUUUAUUUGAUGGACAGUUAGUAAGUUCAACCAAAACUUUUCGUUUGGAACCCGAUUUAUCAUUGGCUGUCGAUGAGUCUUUGGGAAUUUAUCUAGAUCGAAGGAUUCCAAAGGAGAUCAAGAUAAAGCUUUAUGAAAAGAAAAGGAUUCCAUACAGGCCCAUUAAAAUUGCCAACAUAAUAGUUCCACUGCCAUCUAUUGACAAUAACAAUCAAGACUUAGAAGUCAUAAGUUUUUCUUCUCAUAAGCAAGAAAAUUUAUCCGGCCAAAUAAGUAUUGCUUUUAAUUGUGACGAUGAAUACCAAUCUAUUGAAUCAAAUCCAAGGACUCAGAUUCUUGAAGAAAUAAGAAAAGAUUAUCAGAAGAAAAAUCCUAUCGAUUUUGCAACUGAAGCACUUCACGAUGAUGAUGAAAAUUCCUCUGAGGGUGAGGAUAUCGAAAAUAAGGAAAUUCCAUCAGAAGACACUUGUACUUUCCAAGAAACUCUGUUAGAAUUCUGCUCACGAGAAGAAAUCGAUAACAAUCCUCGUUUGCGGAUGCUUUCUUCAAUCUACAAACGAGAUAUGAAAGCAAAAGACUUAAGUUUUGUCCCUUAUAUAGAAGGAGAAAUUGAAGAAGACUACGAUGAGAAAGUAAUCGAUAUGGGAAACUGGAUGGAUCUAAUUGAUAUUCACAAACAUAAUGGAAAGAAAUAUCUUAAAAAUCUUUAUGAAGUGGUGCGAAAUCAUUGUGAUCAAUUAGCAUUGAUAAGUGGAACAUCUGACAAGCUAUUGGUUGGCAAUUCAAUUGUAGAUUUGAAAUCUUUUUUUGCAUCUUUGGCAACCAUGUUCAGUCCUCGUUGUUCAUUGAAUUCAGAAAGUUUAGUACAACCAGAAUACCGGCAUAUACAAAAAUUUAAUAUUGUUAUCAAUGUUGUAAGAGCUACAGGUAUUCCAGUCAGAUCAUUUUCUACGCCAAAUUUAGACCGAAGAGACAGCAGUACUACAUCGAUGUUUAGCUCACAAACUUUUAAAUAUUCGAAUGUAAGACCAUAUGUUUUGGCUAGUUAUAUGGAUAAAAAUAGCAGAACAAUGACCGCUGAUGGAUCAAGUCCAACAUGGAAUGAACAUAUGAUUCUUCAAGUAACAGGAAAUCCAGUUGAACUAAAAGGAGAUCUUAAAAUUGCAAUUUUUGAUGAGUAUGUAGAGAAUCACAUAAGUGAAGAGCGAUCCAUGGAAAUCUAUCAGAGGUUUCAGUCAAAUUGGUUGGGUGAAUAUCGAUUACCAAUAACUACAAUUUUAACAAACCAAAGGAUUGAAGGAGUUUUCAAACUGAAUUCACCAAAAGUCUUUCUUGGGUAUAACUCGCCAUCUCUAAGUGAAGCAUUGCCAAUAGAAAAUAUCCCUGAAAUAAAAGAACGCGUCAAUGUUUGGUUAUAUGUUAGUGUGGAUCCAUGUUUUGAUAUGCCCCAAAUAUCUUUGAAGAAUCUUGAGUGUUCAGAGCUUAGAGAUGUUAGAAAUCAUAUUCAGGAGUGGUCUAUUGAAGCUAAGGAUAUGCAACCAAAUCGUUUUAUUGAUCCAUUAGUUUGUACAAUGGAUGGCAAACGAGUUUGUUUGACAAGAUUACUUGAACCAGUUCCAUUGCCAAUUGAAAUAAGUGAAAAUUUAAUUGAUACUGCUUGCAGAUAUGUGUCUUUGUUGAAUAUUCUCAAGCAUUUUGAUCCAUAUAUGCAGUUCAAGGGGAUAUGGUUGAAUAACCAGGUUUUACUUGAAACUGGUUGGGGCUCGGCCAAAGAUCUUGGAGUUCUUUUAGCGAAUUACUUGCUAACAAUCGGUAUUCGUUGUUGGGUUGUUCUAGGAAUUUCAUUUCCUCACGGUGAAAGUGCUUAUGUUUUGUAUGAAGAUGGUACUGAACUUGUACUGUUAGACCCUACUACGGGAAAGAAGUAUUCAACGAAAGAUUCCUACUGCCCAAUGAAUAAAGUGUUUUACAUCUUUUCUCAACAUAAUAUAUAUUGUAACAUCCAAAGUGAAAAUCGGGUGUCUAUGAUGAAUUUUAAUGUAGAAGAUUCAUCAUGCUGGUUUGCUAUGUUUAGCAAGAAAAAUCCAGCUCCACUUGGAGGCGUUCAAAAACUAAAUUAUGUAUAUAUGAGCUCCAAUAAUAUAUCUGAAUUAAGAAAGAACAUUGAACGGAAGAUAAUGAAAAAAAUAAGUGCAUGGCGCCCAAUGCAGAAAACUGUUUGGAAUAGAGCUUUUCAAAACUCAAUGUUAAAAAUCCUAGUUGAUUUGGAAUAUGAAUCGACAUUCACUUCAAUUCCAUCUACAAUAAAUCAUUCUGAAAGAUUGGAGGCAGAAUUGGGAAACUACAAGGUUUUUGGAUUUACACUAAAUUUUUCUUAUGUUAACUUAUCUUCAAUAUCAGAGAGAAUAAAAUCAACAGGAAUCCAUUUGAAUAUUGAUAGGAAAGUUGAAUUUUCUGUGGCUGUGCACAUACAUGCGUAUCCGUAUAAUGUUUUAUCAGUUUGGAUAUUUAUUAUGUCUAUUAUACCAACAUAAAUAAAAUUAAAAAUGUUUAUUAUUUGAACAAAUAAACAGCAAAAGAUGAUAACCAAAAGCUUUAU